AUGGAACCUGCCUCGCUCUUGAACAUACCAACUGAGAUCCAAACGAAGAUCUUUUUAUAUCUUGUGACGCCAUUUGGUCCAACUAGCAACAUACAAGCAGUCCUAAGAACCUGCCGACAGCUCUAUGAGGUGGCACUUCCGGUGUCUGUCAGCGUUUUCCGGAAUACACCAUCAUAUCCCAAGGAUCAAGGCCCGUGUUCUCGCGCUCGCAACAUCAAGUUCUUGCGUCUCAUUCUUAUCAAUAAGCCCUGGCUGGCUAAGCAUGUCGGCACCGUCAUUUUUGGCAGAUUUUCAACCCUUGAGGGACAAACGAAAUACCCCGAAAAUUGGGUAAACGACCCGUGUCCAGUCUCUGAUUAUGAGCUUGGCAUCUUCCAACACCACAUUGAGUACAUCCUGGGCCAGUUACCUACUACUCUUGAAUGGUCUCAUCAGUGGACAUAUGACCUUCAGGUUGGUAGUUCUGAUGCGCAAGUGGUCUUGAUUUUGCUAGUCUGCCCGAAUAUCCGAACGCUACUCUAUGAAAUGCCUAGAAUGUCCUAUCACCUCGGUCGUUUAUUUAAUUUCACACGGAUUAUGGCCAAUUCCUCGUACUACUUUGGAUCUGAGUGGAUUAAUAAAGAAUACUCGGAGAUGACUGUUCCGCUCCGAAAUCUUCAAGAUGUCUACCAUGAGAUAUUAGAUGAAGAGGUAUAUCAACCUUUCUCUAAUGAAACCUCGUGUCUAUUUGGUUUUCCUAAACUUCGUUUUUAUGAAUGCAUCGGCAGUCAAGCAACUUAUCAUGCAGCUGAGGGAUUUAUGGAGAUGGAACCGAGAUCUUCCUCAGUCGAAGAGAUAGUUUUGCAUUGGUCUUGGUCUACAGCGAAGUUUCUUCAGAAUAUGCUAGGGGCUUGUAGAGCGCUCAAAAAGCUCGAAUUCUCUCAUCGCUCGACAAGUUCAUCAGCCAAUAUGAUGAUGCCUCGAGACAUUCUUGAUGCAAUCUCACCCCAUGCAAAUACAUUUGAGCACCUCUACCUGAAUUUAGAGGACAAUCUUGAUAAGAAAUGGGAUUGGACUAGUCAGCCAGAGAGGUUAUACAUGGGGACCGGGCUGCGUCAUAUGCAUGCUUUGAAAAGGCUUACAAUUGGAAUGCAAGAACUUACCGGGAUGCUUGCAUCUAAGCCUUGGAACAGCGAUCAGAUCGAAGCCACCCACCAAGUCCCGCUCAGGGUUGAAGGAGCCCCUAGAAUUGUUGAUUGUUUACCUGAUAAUCUGGAGUAUCUGAUGAUACAUUCAUGUGGUGGGAAGCCAAUCAUCGACCAGAUUCAGGAGUUGGUUCAUGCCAUCGCACAAGGCCAUCGGCUUAAUAACCUGCGCUAUCUAGGAAUGAUCUUCCACGACUGGAGAUCUGAUUUCGAUGAGGUCACCGAUUACUUGGAAGAAUUCCCGGACUUUGAGAAAGACAUGCAAAUCAUCGAAAUUCAAAAGGGUGUACGGGUGGAUAUUGGUAAGCAGAGCAUCACUGGAUACCACCAUGACUUGUUAUCAACCUUCCGAGAGUCCUCCGAUCGGCCAAGUAAUAUCAUGUCUCGAAUUUAUGCUCCAAACUACCGGGACCUUUACCUGGAACGAAGGAUGAAUCCUCGAUACAUGGAUGGCGAAUACGGGUAUGAGGGUGUUCUUAAUCCAUUCGAACAGUAG